GUAUGGCAAUACAACAAAGUGUAAUAACUUUCUCAAGUGUACGGUAACUCACGAUGGAUUCGCCAGUCUUGAGUUGUACUACGGCCUACUCGUUACUGCGGUGUCACUUUAUUUUAAAUUAAAAUGUUGUUUACUUUUAUUUUAUUUUAUUUCACUCGAUUAUUUAUUCGGUUUAUUUAAUUUUAUAAAAAAUGAGCAAAAGAACCACGACGGGUUUUAUUAAUUCGUGUGAAAAAAUAAGACCCGAGCGAUCGAGGAAUCCUUGUUUGCAACGACUUGUUUGGACAAAUAAAUCAACGGAUAAAAUAAAUAUCAGGGGGACGAGAUACUGGGGAUUCGAUAACGCGGUUAUUGGUGAUGAUCUUCAAGUUACUAAUCCGCGGGUCGCGUUAAGAAGAUUGUUAAGAUUGUACGAAGGACGUCAGUACCGCGAGGCGGCAAAUUUUCUAACAAAACUACCAAGAUGCACUUUAGCAUCAACAUUAACAGACUUUCCCGUGGACUUGGUGAUCGAAACUCUCCCACGAAGUUUAUCGCUUCUAGAAGCUUUGUAUUCCCGGUUGCCUGAACUUGGUCUCAACAAUAACAAUAACAAUAAUAAUAACAGAGAAAUACAACAAGAUGAAUUGUCACGUUUACUGAGGGUCGAACAACUACUCUGGAAAGUAGUUCAUCUUAUUUCCGUCUGUCAAGAUCAACAGCGCAUUAAAAUUUGGACAAAACUUAUCACAUAUAUUUCCCAUGUUUAUCCUAAUACGCGCAAGCUUUUAGUUAAUCGUAAAAAAGCUCUAGACGAAACGAUUGAAGGGUUGGGAAAACACGGGCCGAUACCCUGCCAAAUUACCAGUGAGGAUAAACGAUCUGGACAUCAGCAGGAUACUAAACUUUUACCGCUAACAGCUAAAUUGAAGGAUGAACUUGAAACUAUGAUCGACGCUUACAAACUUGCACUCCAUAAGAUUGAUAAUUUUGGUAAAGAUGCUUCCAGAAGGUCGAAAGGCGAUCCCCAUGGACUUAAAUCUGCUUCGCAUCAGCGACUUUUGUCAUUGAAAUACAGCGAGGUUCAACAACGUCUCAUUGAUAAUCAGAGUCUACUGAAUACCCUAGAGAAGGCCAACGGGCGUAACUUGACAGAGUUAUCUACCGAAUUGUUACGUCGAGUCGAACAGGACAAAGAAGCUCUGCGUCAGUGGACAUCUUUAAGGAAAUUCACUGGGGAAAAUAACAUCGAAAUACGUUCGAGCUCAACUCACACCCUCUACAACUCAGCCGGUGCCAGUGCUGGUGUUUGUGCUGAUAAUGCGACCAAAGAGCAGCCAUCUCUGGCAGCCCGACUGUUACAAUUUUCCCGAGCUUGCGGGAUCGUGCUGGAGAUGAUGAAAAAAACUCACGACUCGAGGUCUGAUUGGUCCUGCGAUUUUCUCGCUGCCGAGGAUGAAAAAUACGACGUGGCUGAGUCUAGUAGCGCUGGGUAUCACACUGACGACAGCUACAGCCCCGAACCACAUUGCCCCUACUUUGCUGGGUUACCUGGAGAAAUUUACAGUAAUAAUAAUAAUUACUACGAUGGGAAUAAAAAAGCUCAUGCGGUCACAAUGACUACGGAACAACUGAGGGAUAAAUACGCAGCGUUGUACGCGCAAGCACAUUUACAUACUCUUGAUGCUCUAGACGCUUUGGAGCCACUCAAAGAAGCCACGGAUCUAAAAGCCAAAAUCCUCUUUUCUGUUAUCGUUUUAUCCUGGCGGAUCGCUGACAGCAUCCAAUCAUCUCGAAAGCACGAGGCGGUGGAAAUCUUAUCCGGGGCUGAGUCAGCAUUAGCCGAGGAACGAGGGCUCACAGUGUCGCUCGAUGUGGAAGCUUCCAUGCGCCGACAAUUAGCAACAGCCGGAUACUCAACAGGUACACGGCAAGUUGCAUCGCGAGUUAUGGACCAACUCCGAACUACAUUAUACGAUUACCCGUGCAUCGAAAAUUGCAAGGAGUUGAAAAAUUACGGCCUCGAGAGCGCACAUCUUGCCUGGUCAUGCCUAGCACACGAGACUCCAUUAAUUAUCGAUACUGUCGAGUCUUCGAGAGUAAGAUUAUCACUCGAUGUUGAAUUCAGGCGUGAAUUACAUUCGAGACAUCACACAUCACCCAAUCCAAUGGGUAAGAAAAUCGUCGGGGUAAUUUGGCCAGGUCUACGUCAAACAAACUUACAAGGCCCUUGCUUGUACCGAGCGGUUGUUCUCACCGCUUAAACUUUUCACUACUACUAUUACGUGUAUAAGAAAGUUGUUAAAGUUUACGAUCAGGUGUUGUAGAUUAUUGGAGCUUGCGAAGCUUGGGAAAGUUUUAAACUUCACUUGUUGAUCUAUUUAAGUUUAAGAUUUUUUUUUUAUUCAUUUAUUUAUUACUUUUUUUACUUCGCCUUGCAUUUAUUUAAUCACGUGAAUUUAAUUUUAGGGAUGAGUAACUUUCAAACUUUUUAAUUUAUUUAAGUUUCCUGAAGUUUCUUUUUUUUUUUUUUGUCAAAGUUUGUUAAUGGUCACUUGUAGGAACAAAUUAAAAGUUUAAGUUUUUUGUAAUGGAAAAAAGUUUUUUUUUAGGACAUAAAUGAAAAUGAAAUUUAAUUUGGAAAGGAAUUAAGUUUGAUAAUUUUGGAGUUAAAUGAAUUUUUUUUGGUAAAGAAAAAGUUUGAGGUGGUGAGAAAAAUAGGGAGUUUGAAUUAGCAGAGCGGGAAAAUUUUUAAAUAUGAUUUUUAAUUUGUGAAUAUUUUGUAAAAGAAAUAAAAUUUUUUUUUGAACUGAGGGUGCAUUCAUUAUUUACAAAACUUAGUCAUAGAAGUGUGUCAUGGGCUGAUAAUUAAUUCUGAAUAAAGAAAUAAAAAUUCUGUAAUUUUUUCAAAUUUUUCAGAGGGGGUAAAAUGGACCAUUAGCU